UGGGGAGGGGGGAGGGGGAAGAGGGUGGGAAAAAAAUCGGAUAAAAUAAGCAACGGGCGCCAUCAGGCAGCAACUCGGUGUCCCUGUGAGCCGACCAUGGCUAAACUGGAGCAAGUGUUGAUACUAGAUCCGCCUAUCGAGCUCAAAUUCAAAGGUCCAUUUACAGAUGUAGUAACAACAAAUCUCAAAUUGAAAAACCCAUCGGAUAAGAGAGUUUGUUUCAAAGUAAAGACUACAGCACCACGCCGGUAUUGUGUACGGCCUAACAGUGGAAUAAUUGACCCAGGAUCAAUUAUUACAGUUUCUGUAAUGUUGCAGCCUUUUGACUAUGAUCCCAAUGAGAAAAGCAAACACAAAUUCAUGGUACAAACAGUCUAUGCUCCACCUGGUGCUGCAGAUAUGGAUGCAGUAUGGAAGGAUGCAAAGGCAGAAGAUCUGAUGGACUCCAAACUCAGAUGUGUCUUUGAAUUGCCAUUUGAAAACGAGAAACCGCAGAACGAGAUUGUAGAGUUCGACCUGUUAGGCAGUGAUUUAGACACCCAAUUAGAUACAGGAAAGAUGGAUCUGCACAGCUUUGUGCACUAUUAUGACAGUUCUCGACUACCUCCACGUGCUGUAUCCACACCAGGAAGUGGGCUCAGGUUUCACAAGUCAGUUCGUGGUGGCAUCCGUCAGACUCCAAGCAAUGAUAGCCAUAGAAGUGACCUGCAGGGAUUUGUAUCUUCUGCAGCAAGUGAAGUCAGAAUGCAAAAGGUCCAGGUCUGUGCUAGUGAGAAAGGAUUACUGCAAAUAUUGCAGCAAGAAUUGUACAGUGGAUUCCUGUUGUCAUUUUUUUGAGGAAAAAUUAGUUGAUAUAUUGUCACUUAUGUACAAUGUAUUUAUGUCUGAUCAUUUUUUCAUUCAAAUUGAGAUGCAAUGGUCUUGCUUUCCCCAGAUGGAAUGCAAAGGGGACAAUGUUAUAAAUUUUGAGGGAUUUGCGAGCUAGUAUGACAAAAACAAAAUUGCAACAUAACCUGAACAAUUAAAUUCAGGAAACUGACAAAAAGACAGUAAGAGGAGUCCACUGUUCUUUUGUUUGCAUUAUGUUUGACAUUUUUGCAGAAGGUGGAUAAGAUAUUUUGGAUUCUGAAUUGUAGUCUUUGUAUAUGCAUAAGUAAUAGAGUAGAAUUUUAAUUUGGUUUUAAUCUUCUGAGCCAGUACUUUGCAGUUGUAAAAGUUAAUAGAUGAAAAUAGCAACACCUCAUUUUCCGUCUAGGUAGCCUCCAACCUGAUGGCAUGAACAUCAAUUUCUCCUUCUGGUAAUAUUUUUCCCUUUCACUUCCCUCUUUUUCUAUUCCCCACUCUGGCCUCUUACUCUUCUCCUCACAUGCCUAUUUCCUUCCUCUGGUGCCUCUCCUUUCUCCCCAGUCCACUCUCCUAUCAGAUUCCUCCUCCUCCAGCCUUUUACCUUUCCCACCUACCUGGUUUCACCUAUCACUGAGCUAGUCUUCUUUCCCCUUUCCCCACCUUUUUUAUUCUGGCAUCUUCCCUUUCCUUUCCAGUUGUGAAGAAGGGUCUCAGCCCAAAACUUUGGCUGUUCAUUCAUUUCCAUCUGCUGAGUUCCUCCAGCACUUUGUAUGUGUUGCAGCAGAUAAAUGUAUUGAGCAGCAAUUAUCAAACAUGGUUUAAUUGGACAAAUAACAGAUGUAUUUGCAAAAUGUGAUUAAAAAAUGUUGAUAGUAGCAAGUAGCAUCUUAAAUAUUGCUAUUUUUCAAGUAUUGCCAUAUUUCUACUUCUGAAAUGUGGAAAAUACAUGAAAGACGUAACAGAUUUGUAUAACAUAGUAGUUGAAUGUUUGCACAAAAGGAACUAUCAAAAAUUUUUCCUAUUUGAUAUUAAUUGAGAUGACAAAUGUACUGUGAUUAUUUGAGGGAUUCUUUUUGAAGAGUUAAUACAAGCUAAAGUUCAAAAUUUCGAGUAUCACACUUUAUAUUAAUCUAGUUUGUUUUUAUAACUGAUUUUAUAAAUAUAGCGUGCAGAUUUUGUGUAUUUUAUGCCACUGUUCUGUAAAAUU